GUCAACACUCCCAAAGCAGGAUUGACAGCAUUUUUAUUCUUCUUACCCAAUCUUGCCCUUUAGACAUCUUAUUGAGACAGAGUAUCCUUUUGCCAUAAAUUUUCAUCGCAUCUGAUAUCCAUUUGAGCAUGUCUCGUCGGACAUCGACCAUGGCAUCGAGCAAUUCCUCUAGCGGUGUCCCACCUUCAGGUGAUGGAGGCCAGGAGAAGCAGAAAAUGCUGCUUUCCUCGGAUCAUGGUCAUUUCAGCAUGGUGAAGGCCAUGCAUCUUGCUGAUCUGAUUACUGAAAUGAAUGGUUUCUGUGGAGUCAUGUCGGUAUUUUCCUCCAUGCGCUACUGCCUCGGAGACCCAACUGAAUACGGUGCCAUCUGGGCUGCCCUCGCAUUCAUGCCUUUCGGUCUGUUCUUCGACUUUAUGGAUGGCAAAGUCGCAAGGUGGCGCAAGAAGUCGUCUCUCAUGGGACAAGAACUCGACUCGCUAGCGGACUUGAUCUCCUUCGGUCUCGCUCCCGCCGCUGCUGCAUUCGCUCUUGGUAUCCGGACCUCGCUUGAUCACGUCUUCCUCACAUUCUUCGUUCUCUGCGGUCUGACCCGCCUUGCUCGGUUCAACGUGACUGUAGCCGUACUGCCCAAGGACCAGACUGGCAAAUCCAAGUACUUUGAAGGCACACCCAUUCCGACCACUCUGUCCAUCGCUGCCCUUAUGGCCUACUGGGUCUCUCAAAGCUGGACGCACGAGAACAUCCCUCUUGGUCUUGUCGCAGAAGGUACGAUCUUCGAAUUCCACCCUGUGGUCCUGAUGUUCGUUCUGCAUGGGUGCAUGAUGGUCAGCAAGACGAUACACAUUCCUAAGCCAUGAGUUCAACCCAGAUUUGGCCACGCAUUUACUGUUGGGAAAAGAAUGCCUGAGUCUGUUGUCUCUCUCAACUUGGACAACUGAAAAUAAAUAUGGAGAGGGCCUUCGUUUGUAGGCAAGCAUAGCAUGAUCUCGAUGCACUUAAAUAAGGAUGCUUAAUUGAAUUUCAAUUGCAUAGAUUGACAAGUGUUACAUCCCUAGGUGGAAUGAUACUCUCUCUUCGGAGGUGAUAAUAACAAGAAUAGCCGCUUAUACGGCCUUGCGACGUCUUUUUGGUAGUCUUUCUAGAUGCCUUUGUUUAUAGAUAUU